ACCACAAAUAACAGAGCUUCAUGGGACGGCGUAAAUGAAUCCCAAGAUCUCUGGAUCGAAUCCCCUUAGUUACCAACAAUCUCAUCGUAUUCAUACAAAUACAUACGCCUACUCUCCCCACGCCACACAACCAUAAUUCCAGUAUCCCAGCUGUCAUAUAUUCUCCCACUCGUUAUGAAUAGCGGAAAAUAGGUAGUCCGUCCUCAACACCCACAGAGCAGCGAAGCUGUAAGAGAGGAGAAACGAAGCUAUUUUCAUGGCGGAAGAAACCCCAAAAGAAGCGGUGGCUGAGCAGCCAAAGCCAGAUCCUGAAGCGGCGGCGGCGCCAGCCGCCGCAACACAGCCGAAAUCUUAUCUGGGUGGGCGGCGCAUGGGCAGGGCGAGCAUGUUUUCAGCCUUUCUGGUAACACUAGUGGUGGCGCUGGGCAUUAUAACGCUGGUGGUGUGGCUGAUCUACCGCCCACAUAGACCUCGGGCAUAUGUAGACAGUGCCGCCAUUUAUGACCUCAAUGUGACCGACGGCUCCGUCACCUCCAAUAUGCAGUUCAGUGUUCUGUUUCAGAAUCCCAAUCGCCGCUGGACCAUCCGCUACGACAGCCUUUUGGCUUUUGUGGUUUACAGAGACCAGCUCAUCACCAUGGCCACUCCUUUGCCCAGUCUUUACCAGGACCAUAGGACCGUGCUCCCCGUUUUUGUCUCUGUGGCGGGGAGCUUUUUGCCUGUUUAUCCUCAAGUAGCGGUGGGUCUUUUGGCGGAUGAAGCCUACGGCCUUGUGGAGCUUAGGUUGGAAUUGAGGGGGCGCUUAAGGUGGAGGGCUUCUCUGUGGAAGUCGGCGCAUUAUCAUCUCCAUGUGAGGUGUGAUCUUCUGGUGGGCAUGAAGAACAGAGUCAAUGGGCAAGUGCCGCUCUAUCGUGGGCAGAGGUGUCAUGUCGAUAUCUGAGCUCUCAGAUCUUGUUAUCUUCUUCUUCUUCUUCUUCUUCUUCUUCUUCUUGCAUGUUGUGUCGUGUCCUGUGUUACACAAUUCGUUAGGUCUUGUGAGCAAAAGAACCAGCAUGUUUUGCCUUUAAUUCGGGUACCCAGAUGGGUUCAGAUCAAUUCAAUAGGUACUUGUUAAUUGUGAAGCAGAAACUUUGCUUCGAGUUUUUCUUUUUCUUCCAUCGUACAGUGUAGAAAGCCUAGAGAUCUCCAUUAAUGGAAUCAAGUCACUGAGGAUUUCUAUCUCAGAGGGCUCAUGAAUUGUCUAUAUGUUAUUUAAAGCUAAGUUUAUGCAUGCCAUCAAAAUACAGGCUUUUAAUGGCUUUGGGUGGCUUUCUUUUUGCUACA